AUGUAUUUCGACGAGCCCACAUCGCUGGCUGUGUACAUGGGCAGCCAGAUUGACCUACCGUGCAAGUCGCUGCUUCCCAACGACUUGCCGCAGCGCAUCAACUGGUUCAAGGACGACUCGGCGCUGCCGGUCUACAGCGUCACGUACGCCACGAACCAGAGUCAGCACCGCACCAACAUCAUGCAAGGCCGACACGCGGCACGCUCGGACUGGACCCAACGGGCCUACUUCAGUGUUCUCGGGACACCGGCCACGCUCAAGGUGAACGAGCUGGCCUCCAAGGACUCGGGCACCUACAUCUGCCAGGUGGUCAUCAGCAGGGGCACACAGCGCAACGCCACGGUGCACCUCGUGGUCGUCGGACCCUUGAAACCACCCGUCAUUCGAGAUGCAAGAGGUCGCACGAAAAAAGACACCGUGGGGCCGUACUUCGAGGGUGACGAACUCCGGCUCUCGUGCGAAACACCGGGAGGGGAGCCCAACCCGUCCAUUACGUGGUUCAGAAAUGGCGAGGUGAUCGCCAACACGAGCCGCGCCUCUGCCCGUGGAAACAUCCGCAGCGACGCAGUCAUCCCGAGGCUGUACCGCUCCGACCUCCUGUCGACGUUCUCCUGCCAGGUGUCCAACAACAUCUCGGCUCCCGUCGUGUCCGCGGUCAAGCUGGAAAUGAUCCUGCGCCCCCUGCUGGCGGUGGUGCGGCGCGGCGACACACCCCUCUCUGCCGAGAUUCCGGUGGAGAUCGUGUGCGAGGCGGUGGGCUCGAGGCCACCUGCGGCCAUCACGUGGUGGCGCAACGGCGUCCAGCUGAACCAGACCUUCAACCACGUGUCGGCGGACGGCAACGAGAGCACGUCGGUGGUCAACUUCACGCCCACCAGCACCGACAACGGCCUGCAGCUCAUGUGCCGCGCCCAGAACCCGCUGCUGCCCGGCGCCGUGGCCGAAGACGUCUGGGUCAUGCGCAUCUACUACAAACCACUGCUCAGCGUGGAUCUGGGGCCUCCGUUCCGGAACUCGAGCCUGAUCGAAGGCUCGGACCUGUUCCUGGAGUGCAAAUCCCGGGCCAACCCUCCCGUCACCGACGUAGGCUGGAGGCGCGACGGCGUCGUCCUCGUACCUUCCGGAGGACCUCGGGAACCUCUGGUCAACGACAACUUCCUGGCCAUCCAGAAGCUGAGCCGCCACGACUCCGGAAACUACUCGUGCUUCGCGGGCAACUCGGAAGGUGUCUCCGAGAGCGGCUGGUUCGACCUCCGCGUUCAAUACGCCCCGGUGUGCAAGCAGGACUCCCCGGUGGUAUACGUGGGCUCCCGCAGCGACGAGGUGCAAGUGGUGUGCGAGGUUCUCUCGCACCCGGACCUGGUCACCUUCCACUGGAGCUUCAACGGCACCGGCGGUCCCCGCGUGCUCCACUCCGGCUUCAGCGGGGACAGGGCCACACUGUCGAGCGUCAUGCGCUACACCCCACUCUCGGACAUCGACUUCGGGACACUGCUCUGCCUGGCCAACAACAGCGUCGGCUACCAGAGCAAACCAUGCGUGUUCCACAUUGUGCAAGCCAGACCCCCCGAGCCCCUGCACAGCUGCCAAAUCUGCAACCUGACGGAGACCUCCUUGGGCGUGUCCUGCUGGACCGGUCACGGAGGAGCCCCCAACGGCGCAUCUCCAUCCACUUCCCACUCGAGCGGAACGGCGAGCCUGAACACGACGUACGUGCUCGAACUGUACAGCAGCCAGCAGUCGUCCCAGGUGCUGAACGCAACCAGCGGCCUACCGGUCUUCAGCGUGCGCAACCUGCAGCCCCGUACGGAGUACUUCAUCGUCUUGUAUGGUGUCAACAGCCUCGGCCAUAGCAACGCGGUCAAGCUCUACGCCAGCACCCUGACAUCUGCCGAGGCACUGCUCGACACAGAGCCCGGUUGGUCCGUGCUGGGUUUGGGCGUCUACUCCACCAUCCUGCUAAUAGUUCUCGUCAUUCUGUGCUUUGCCCUUCUGGUGCUCGCUGUGGUUGUGAAGCGCUGGAGAAAGAAGCGCGCUCUAAGAGAAAAGAAAUCUGGAGAUCACAAAAAAAUGUGUUUAGCCACAAUUGACCGAGAUCAAACAGUCAGAAAAGAAACGUUCGCUGGUAGUGACGACAACGUGGCUGUCUUGGACAUGAAAAGCCUGCCUACAGCAGUCGGUCGUUCCUUUGUCGGCGGAUUGGAGGAGCAGCCCGAGUACGUACACGAAGUGGCAUUGGUCGGAGCGCGCUUGCCCUGCCACACGAGUGAGAUCUACUACACGCUGCCUCAGCUUCAUGGUCGCCACAACGGCAUCCGCUUGCAGACCUUCUCCAGGGAGGUGAUGUAG